UGUUCUUGCGCUUGCGCAGUGUUGCUGUGACUGUAGCGCGGGAGUGCAGUGAUACAUGGUCGUUCAUAGACGCAGUAGUUGUCAACAAGUGUUGAAUGGUCUAUUCCAUCCUGUUGACAUGGAGGGGGAGUUCUCGCAGUCCCUCACCCCACCUGUAUCCCCAUCUGCUCUGGAUCAUUAUGGUGAAUCUGCUCCCAGUCGGCCUCCAUGCUUCACCUGUGCUUAUGAACCAGGUAGAGAAGAGACAGGACGACUGUCAUCAAAUGGCUACAUCAGCAGAGGAGCCCUGAAGAGGUUGCUGUUGAAGCUCGAUCCAGCUCCUGUGGAUUUUGAGGGGGACACGGUUGAUAUUUUUGACUUCCCAUGGGUGACAGAAACAGCGCUGGUAGAAUCGACCAAACUUCUGUUUGGCUUGUUCAGACAAAAGGUGUUAAAACUGGAGACGCUGGUGCAGUCCAGCUCACAUGAUUUUGGUCAAGCGAGCAGUCUUCAUUAUGAGGCAGAGGAACUGAGACAGCAGUGUGUGCUGUUCCUCAGCUAUAUCAAGGUCUUCAUUUACAGGUUUUUGGAGCCCUCACAAUCCCUAGAUGAAGGUCCUGUUCAUCCCUUUAAAGACGCAGAGGCUCAACUGCCCUCAGUCUUGGUGGAGGAGCUCUUCAGUAUCACACAGCUUAUUGGACGAAUCAAAAAUCUGCCAGCCAACGUCCAGAGUGCUCUUACGAUUCAGCAUCAGGGAAAGCUCUUUCCUCCAUCUUGGCAAUUAUUGCAUCUGCACCUGGACAUCCACUGGUCUGUUCUGGAGAUCUUGCAUCUGUUGGAGCAAAGGAUGAUGGGUCAGGUAGUUUAUGCGCACCAGUUCGUGAAUUUGACAGGCGAGACGCUCACAAACAUCAGUCUGUUUGAGGACCAGGUCAACAACCUGCUCUGUGAUCUCAUUGGCCUGGCCAUGAACAAAUAUAAUAAGGUGAGACCAACAGAGACUUUGAACAGCCAUCACUGUCACUGCCUCUGCACAAAGGAAUUAUGGAUUCUACUCAUACAUUUACUGGAGCACAGGAGCAAAACCAUACACACUCAGUCUUUUUGGAGUUACGUAAAUGCCCUGCUGCAGACUGUCCUGGAGGGGACGCCUUCAGGAGACCGUGACCCAGGUCUCCCCAUGCACUGUAAAGACCCUGACGGCUUCACCUGGUGGUUGCUCACACACCUGGCCCAGAUUGGGAUGCACAACCGGAACGGCACUGCUCAACAGGAGAAACAACUUGAGGAUAAUUGGAGCUUUGUGAUGGGGCUGCUGAAGUCUAGCUGUGAUCCAAAGAAAGCUGCACAGGAAGAACAGAUACGAAUGAUUGUCCACUGCUGCCUCAGCCUCAGCUUGAUGUGGGGCCCAAAUGUCAGUGUUGUCACAACGCUAUGGGAGUAUUACAGCAAAAAUCUAAACAGCUCUUUCACCGUGCCCUGGUUAGGUGUGUCAGGGCUGGGCAGUAUCAGCAGGACUCCCCUCUGUCUGUUGCAGCAGGCUAAGAGCUGCUGUAGCCCUGCAUCUGUCGGCUCCAACUCUCACACGCAGCUCUACCGCUCAACCAACUCCUUCCAUAUCUUCCUGCGUAUUCUGGCCCUUCACCUGAGCCAGGAACAUGCUGGCGGCGCCCCCUGGAGACAGAUCAAGGGCAGACUCUACUCAAAGUUCCACCAGAGGCGAAUGACGGAGCUCUCUGACACAGGCCUGCUGCACUUCCUGCUGCUUUUCCUGGUCCUGGCGCAGUGUGCGGAGCUGGAGGACGUGUCCAGCCGAGCGUGCGACUUACUCGCCAUGCUGCCCGCUGACUCCACACCCCCGGCCCUGCGCGCGCUGCAGUGGAGGGGCCAGCUGGCUCUCGUGCUGCUGUAUUUGGAGAAGGGACUGGAUGCUGGCGCACUGGCGGAGCAGUUGGCCACCUACUUCAGCCAAGCGGCCCGCGAGUUCUACCUGAAGACCACCGAGCCUUCGCGCAAGCUAGCUCUCUGGGCGCCACUUAGCUCGUACCUUGAGGGGGUGAGCGAGGUGUUCGAGACGAGUCCUAAUCUUACGAUGUCAGAGGAGAGGCUUCUGAACGGGGGCUUUGGACUGCUGCUGCCUGCCUGCCGUCAGUCUGAGCUCAGCUCCGCUUUGGGCUUCCUGCAGACAGUGCUGGCACAAUUACGGAGAGUUCACCAGCGCUGUGGCCAGCCGUCUCACUCUGUCGACUCUCUCAGUUGGGUUCCUCUCCCCAGCGUGGCUAAAGAGCGCCACCAAGCGGUGGCAGCGGCGCUCUGGUCCCACUUCUUCCCCUUCCUUUGCAGCAUGAGGCUUUCCCAGACCCCCCCGCCACAGCUCGCGGACGCCGCAGCAGGCUUCACACUGUUGGCAUUAGACAUGCCUGGCUCUGCCCCUCAAAACCUACAGCCCCACCCCAUCCAGUCCAUUAUGCAAAGCUUCGGCUGGGAUGAAAUGCUCCACCCCCUGCUGGUAACCCACUAUCUAAAUCACCUGUUGCAAAAUGGAGAGCAGGUCAGUUGGGUCAGCUCUGGGCCAGGUUCAGGUUCGGCCCAGGCUUUAUGUGUGCGUGCCUGGAUCCGCUGUGUUCUACAACAGUACCUCCAUAAAAGCCAAGAUGCCCCAGAUGCAAGAGCAGGCAGAAAUCUGGAUGAACAGCUGGCCGAGUUAACCAGACAGGUUCUCCGACUUCCAGAAGUGGAGUCCGUGCUGCAGAGAGCAGGCCUACAUCCUGCUGCUGCCAAAGAUCCCAAACCUGCAAUGGCUGUGUUCAUCAAGGCUGUGGGUCGAUCAUACUGUGAGCUCCAGCUCCUCUCUGAGCGUUCUUCAGCGGUGUCCCGAGCACUGGAGUAUGUAGGAGACAUCCUCAAAUAUAUCAAGCCUUACCUGCUAAACAAGAGCCGGGAGGGUCUACAGCUGGCAUACUGGACUGUAGGCUGCUUGGUCAAGCACUGGAGCCACCUGUUGGCCACUUCUAAAGCUCAGCAACUGCUCUUCCGCAUUGUAGAUGUGCUGUUACUGUCCCACGCUCUUCUCCAACAGGACAGUGGAGCACACACUCAAAUGCUGUCAGCCCUCAAAGAAAGCCUGCCUCUGUUCCUGCAGGGUUUGUCAGUGGCGGUGAGUGUGUCCCAAUCUCAGGGGGCGUACCUAAAGCAGCAGCUGCACAGUGUCAUUUCCCAGUACCUGAGCCGCUUUCUCCCAUCCACACCCUCUACUGGAGCGGUGGUCAAUCAUCCUGUCCUGCUGGCAGCCUGCGAAUCAACACCCACCCCGCAGGGGGAAAGACUCAGGAGGAGCAUUCUGCAUGUGCUGAGAGAGAACUUCCUCCAGUUUAAAGGUCUCGCUCCUCCCCCUCGACUCGCUGCUGUUCUCUCUUUCCUGUUGGAACUCCUGAAAAGGAACAAUGACAGAGAUCCUGCUUUACUCACAGUUCCACUUCCUUUGGUGAUGCGCUGUCUGAUGCUGGUCAACGAACCACAAGUAAAGAGGCUGAGCACAGAGGUUACGCAGCUUAUUGUGGAGCGGUGCACUGCUGCAGUAGGAGAGCAGCCAUGUGAACACACCACUACUAUUCUACAGGCCUUCGUGGAAGAGAAUGAAGGUGUAUACGACCAGCAAGUGUAUAAUGUUCUAGAAGUUGUCGCUGUCCUUCACCCCUUCACAGUGACAGCUCUUAUUCCCUUUCUGUCACUGAACCUUAGAAAGACAGAAUGCAAGAGAGGUCUGGGAAAAAAUACCUCACUCAGGAAUGGCUAUAGGAGGCUGCUGGCCCUGCUUGGAGACAGUGGACAGGCUGAGAUGAUUAGUUUAGAAGAAGACUGACUUGCAUCAACUGCCUGCCUGCAUCAACUCUCACUACUCUUAUGUAAACAGUGUACAUGGUGUAGACUUGAUAGUGAAUCCAUGUGUGGAUAUUGUGAAUAAACUUUGUUUGAAUACCCUGUGUUCUGUGAUUUGUUGCUGGCUUCUGGAAUCAAGCUAUGUUGGUAGUGUGUUAAGGGAUACCCCAUAAGGCCCCAAUACUAAAUACUAAAAAUGUUGAUAGUCAUUAGUCCCAGUUUUAUACGUAAACCCUCUUAAACCUUUAAAGUGCACCAUAUGUUUUCU